AUGUUUACUUCCCGCUCCGUCAUCUUUGCGCUGCUCAUCUUCCUCGCUGGCGCCAAUGCGUGUACACAGUGCCCAGCCACAGUGGGGGGCAAUAAAGUAUCCAGUGCCACUGAGGUGGGCGACAUGAUCGCUUGCGCCUCGCCAUUCCCGGCUAACAUGGUAGCGAUGGCAUCAGAACCGCGGUAUGAAAGUAACAGGGGAUUCGUUGUGUCCGUCUUUCGCAACUUUGACGAGCAGCCCCCCGGACGUAGGGAGAUGUCCAGUGUUGUUGGCAGAAUGAAUAUUUCUACCAGUGGCAAUUGCCGGCACAUAAGUGGUGGAUUAAUGAGUUUACUCGCACAGGAUGGCUCUGUACAUGCCCGUCGAACUCAAUGUUACAUGUAUAUCGGCUUCAACCCGUCGGACCCUCAUUUGCAGUUGUUAUGUGGUAUCUUCGAGGAAGGCUGCUGGUUAGAGGCUGGAUGA